GCUUCGUGGCGGCAUUGUUGCGCCCUUACUCGUUACUCCUCCUCCUCCUAAAUCCUCUCAUUACAAUUUACAAACACUAAUCAUAUAUCAACUUUUCCCUUUAAUUAACCACUUCAACAGUUAACUCCACCCCCAACGAAAUGCACCACCACUACUAGUUCUAUCCACUCACACAGCCACACACAACUGAACCAUUCACGACUACGCUCCCUCGCUUCGCUAAUCAGUAGUCACGAGGCAUCGGAACAAGUGCCAGUGCCAGUGCCAGUGCCAGAUCUCGAUCUCGAUGCGGUGGCGCUUGUUCUCGCUUCUCUUUCUGUUCUUGUUGGAGCCGCUAACGCCUCGCGCAAUGCCGGUUCCGCUCACGUUCUCCGCGCGCCUCGUGCACCGCUUCGCCGAUGAAAUCAAACCGGUUCGCUCUCCGGCCUCGCCGGACCGGAGGAGCUUCCGCUACUUCCAGAUGCUUCUCACCGGCGACAUUCUCAGGCGCAAGAUCAACCUCGGAGCCGCACGCUACCAGCUUCUGUUUCCUUCUCACGGUAGCAAAACGAUGUCGCUCGGCAACGACUUCGGCUGGUUGCAUUACGCGUGGAUUGAUAUAGGAACGCCGAGUACCUCGUUUCUCGUGGCGCUGGACGCAGGGAGUGAUCUUCUUUGGAUUCCGUGUGAUUGCGUGCAGUGUGCUCCGUUGUCGUCGAGUUACUAUUCCAAUCUGGAUAGAGAUCUGAAUGAGUAUAGUCCGUCUCGGUCGUUAUCCAGUAAGCGUCUGUCUUGCAGUCACCGGUUGUGUGAUAUGGGUUCGGAUUGUAAAAGUUCUCAGCAGCAGUGUCCGUACACAGUCAGUUACUUGUCAGAGAACACAUCGAGUUCUGGAUUGUUAGUUGAGGACAUACUGCAUCUUCAGUCAGGCGGCAGUUUAUCAAACUCUUCUGUUCAGGCUCCAGUUGUUCUUGGGUGUGGUAUGAAGCAAAGUGGUGGUUAUUUGGAUGGGGUUGCUCCAGAUGGUCUAAUGGGUUUGGGACCUGGAGAAAGUUCGGUUCCAAGUUUGCUUGCUAAAGCUGGAUUAAUCCACAAUUCUUUUUCCUUGUGCUUUAAUGAAGAUGAUUCUGGUAGAAUGUUUUUUGGGGACCAGGGACCAACCGUCCAACAGUCUACUUCAUUCUUGCCUUUGGAUGGAUUAUACUCAACCUACAUUGUUGGAGUGGAGUCAUGUUGUAUUGGGAAUACUUGUCUUAAAAUGACAAGUUUUAAAGCACAGGUUGAUAGUGGGACGUCAUUUACAUUUCUUCCUGGCCAUGCAUAUGGAGCAAUAGCUGAUGAGUUUGAUGAACAAGUAAAUGGUUCAAGAUCUAGCUUUGAAGGAUCUCCUUGGGAGUAUUGUUAUACACCCAGUUCGCAAGAGUUGCCAAAGGUUCCCAGCUUAACUCUCGUGUUCCAACAGAAUAACAGUUUUGUGGUCUAUGACCCCGUGUUUGUAUUCUAUGGCAAUGAGGGAGUCGUUGGAUUUUGUUUAGCCAUACAGCCAACUGAAGGGGAUAUGGGAACAAUUGGACAGAACUUCAUGACAGGAUACCGUUUGGUAUUUGAUAGGGAAAGCAAGAAGCUAGCAUGGUCACGCUCAAAUUGUCAGGAUCUCAGUCUAGGCAAGAGGAUGCCCCUUUCUCCAAAUGAGACUUCAUCAAACCCAUUGCCUACAGAUGAGCAGCAAAGAACCAACGGGCAUGCAGUUGCUCCAGCGGUUGCUGGAAGAGCUCCCCGAAAACCUUCGGCUGCUUCGUCUCGGAUGAUUUCAUCAUGCCGGGUACACUGGCACCGCUAUUUGUUUCUUCUAUUUCAACUCGUGUCUGCUUUUUACUGAGACUCUCCGUUGCACUCUUAUUCUUAAAUAUGUAUGUUUAGUAGCCUGUCUAGAUAGCGUUACAUGUAUAUCCAAAUCUGUAUCCAUUUUGUCCUCCUAGCUAUGUAAGUAUUUUAGAUCUCACACCAUCCAAUGCUGUUGUUUUUUAGCCUUGCCAGCAUCAUGCUAGAUUCCUAACACUCGUACUGGACCAUUUAUAUGUUAACCCCGCUUUUGGUCGGGUGAGGUUAUGUAAAUUAAUUUGCCUGGUGUUAUCCUUAAGACUGCCUUUUUAAUUUAA